GUUUCAGCCGGUGAUUCCCCGAGAGCUGGUCACACUGGCACCUCAGGUAAAUAUAAACAAAUGUCCGACGAAGAGGAAGAUUAUAUGUCUGAUAAGUUCCUGGCUGGACUGCAAGAUGUGCGACCCAGCUUGGUGCAGAACCGCGGCAAGAAGCGCCAAAUUGAAGUUCAGAGCAAACAGGAGGAACAGAAGAAGCGACAAAGAGAAGCUGCUUCAUCAGGAAACCUUAACAAUGAGCGCUUGCAGCAGUCUCUUAGCCAGCCGCUGACAUCGGAUAACAAAGGCUUUCAACUGCUAGCCAAGAUGGGCUAUAAAGCGGGCACUGGACUGGGAAAGCAGCCAGAUGCCCGCAUUGAACCUGUAGGCAUUUCCAUAAAAAGCGGACGAGGCGGCCUGGGACGGGAAGCAGCGGUGGCCGAGCUGAUGGCCAAACGCCAAGAGCUACGUAGAGCUCAUCUCCUGCAAAAGGCUGGAAUACAACCUGGCGAUGAAAUAAGUACGGAAGCUUAUAGACGACGAGCCACCCAAAAGGCUGAGGAACGGAAACUCAUGUACGAUAUUAAAAGAUGCCAGCAAACCUGCGAGUCUUUGGAUUUAAAAGAGGGCAUUGCAGAGCCGGAUAUGGAAUUCUUUUGGCCCCCCAAACCAAAGGAAGAAGUUGAGGAAACCGAGGCUAGGGAAGAGCAGCCGGAGGAGGAGGAAGAGCAAGCCGAAGAUGAUGCCUACACCCCUUCAGAGCAGCUGGAAAUGCUUACCAGCUACCUUCGUACAGCAUAUACCUUUUGCUACUGGUGCGGAACCCAUUACACGAGUAUAGAUGACCUGGACUCAAAUUGUCCGGGACUAACUCGUGAUGACCACUAAUUAAAAUAUGAACUACUUUAUAAAUUACACAUAAAUUUCACAAAA